UAACAUCCUAACAACAAUUAUUUUCAAGAUCCACGGUGAGCCUCAAAACCUGAGAGAGAGAGAGAGAGAGAGAGAGAGGGGAAAAGAGCCACCUUUCCAGGGAAUGAUCCUCUGUUUGGUUCUUUCUGAAUCGGUUUGUCGUUCUCUCCUCCAUUUUCUUUCAGAUUCUUUUGAUCUCUUCUCCCUUCUGGAAAGAAGAAACAAGAGAAAGUGAAGGAAAAAAUACUAAGAGGAAGCAUAAAGCGAUGAACCCUUGAACCGAAGAAAGAUCAGUUGGAUUUCGAAAGUGGGCAUCCCGGAUUUCUGUGGAAGAUCGAAUUUUUCAAUGUGGGAGUCCGGUAUAUCAAUGAUUGAUUAAGUUUCGGGAAGUGGGUUGUUGAGAUUUUUGCAGAAGAGUGAAUUUUUUUGCAAGAGGGUAUCUCAUUUUUCUGCCGAAGAUUGAAUUUCUUGAAGUGGGGAUCUCAUAUUUCUGUCGCAGAUCAGGAAUUUCUAUGUUGUAAUCACGCAGUUUCUGCUCAUUGAUUACAUUUCUGGAAGUGGGUUGUUGGGAUUUUUGCAGAAGAGUGGAAUUUCUUGCAAGAGGGUGUCUCAGUUUUUUCUGUCAAAGAUUAGAAUUUUUGAAGUGGGCAUUUGAUAUUUCUGGGGAAAAGAUUGGAUCUUUGGCAAUCUCCCAGAGUACUGUGAAGUUAAAGUUAUUUCUAUACCCCAAAAAAUGGCAACAAUUGAAAUGGAUAAUGUAGAGUGUGUUUCUUCAUCAGAUGGAAUUGAAGAUGAAGAGAUCCAAUCAUCAGUUUCUUCACAUCCUCAUCCCCUUCAUCAGUUUUCUUCAAAGCCUCAUAAUUUAGUCACCUCUGGACUUGCCCCCACAAGUGUCCAUGAAUUGCUGGAAUGCCCUGUUUGCACUAAUUCUAUGUACCCACCAAUCCAUCAGUGUCACAAUGGGCACACUCUCUGUUCCACUUGCAAGACAAGGGUGCAUAAUCGAUGUCCUACAUGCAGACAAGAGCUUGGGGAUAUCAGGUGCUUAGCAUUAGAGAAAGUUGCGGAGUCACUAGAGCUUCCCUGCAAGUUCUACUCUUUGGGAUGCUCGGAAAUUUUUCCAUAUUACAGCAAACUCAAACACGAGGCAGUUUGCAAUUUCAGACCAUACAGUUGUCCAUAUGCUGGAUCUGAAUGUGCUGUUACUGGCGAUAUUCCUUAUCUGGUCGCCCAUUUGAGAGAUGACCACAAAGUGGACAUGCACACAGGAUGCACGUUCAAUCACCGCUAUGUUAAGUCAAAUCCUCGUGAAGUAGAAAAUGCAACAUGGAUGUUAACAGUAUUCCACUGUUUUGGCCAAUAUUUCUGCCUCCACUUCGAAGCAUUUCAGCUUGGGAUGGCCCCCGUAUACAUGGCAUUUCUCCGUUUUAUGGGCGACGAAAACGAUGCCCGCAACUACAGCUACAGUUUAGAAGUAGGAGCAAACGGCAGAAAGCUCAUAUGGGAGGGUACCCCACGCAGCAUCCGUGAUAGCCACCGCAAGGUCCGAGAUAGUCAUGACGGUCUCAUCAUCCAACGAAACAUGGCACUCUUCUUCUCCGGAGGCGACCGGAAAGAGCUCAAGCUCAGAGUAACGGGACGAAUAUGGAAGGAACAACAGAAUCAAGAUGCCGGGGUUUGCAUCCCAAAUCUUUGUAGCUAAAAAACGGUUUAAUUCUUGGCGCUGACUCUUGCUUUUCUGCUUGCAUUUCUGCGUGGUUGUUGUGUGUAUCUGUGAGACACGAUAUGAUGGUGUUGUAUUUCAUCGACAUUUUCUGCUUGUUGAUGCGUAUCUAUAGCCUGUAAACUGCCUUUUGUUGCCCAAAGAAUUCAGUUGUGAAGUAAAGUUCCACAAGGUUGUGGUUUAUGCACAUUGAUUCAUUUCUUUUCU